ACCCCAGUUCAGGCUCAAAAUCCUGUUUACUCUUCUCUCCCUUUUUAUCAUUUUCGUCUGCGGUAUGCGAGUGCCUUUUCAUGAUCAUCGAAGCGCAAGAUGCGUUAUUGAAUGACAAAAUCACGGAUCAGAGUCUACCCUCUGCUAUUAUGAAGGUAAAUAAUCGGUUAACAAGGAAAGCUGGAAUUAUCACAAUCUGGACUUUCGCUUGAUAUAUUGAAAUUGACGCAUUUUCACUGGUACAGCAGCAACCAUCCUACCUACCAUUAUUAGUUUGCAGCAGUUGAAAAGAUUAGAUGGUGUCACUGUUGGGAAGAUGGAUAACGACCUUGACAAUACACUCUCUUGCCCGAUCUGCUACGAGCCGUAUGGUAUCCCUAAGGCACUUCCGUGUCUCCACACAUUCUGCCGCAGAUGUCUUGAAAAGAUGGCUGAUGGAUACAUGACCAUAACCUGCCCCAUCUGCAGCACUCUUCAUAGUCUCCCAUCUAAUGGUGUCGACGGAUUCAACACCAACUAUGCCCUAGUUGACGUCAUGACUGAUAUUAAAUCACCGAAAUUCAAGGAGGUCAUGAACAGGAAGAAUAAAGUUGAAGAAGUGCAAGGUAUUGUCAAAAGGGAAGUGAAAAAUCUGAAACACCUUGUUGAUGUUGUCCACACUCCGCUUCUCCAAAGCAUCACUUCAUUGAAAAAAGGCACCGAGCAGCAGAUGAAAGAAAAGGCCAAGUUGGUGAAUGAGCUGUAUGACCGUAUUAUCGCUCAUGCUCAAAAAGAGCGGGAGAAACACAUCAGCGGGAUUGAGAAAAGUAGUGGCGUCGCCAUUAGAUACUUUGACAACGCUCAAAGUAUGAUCCUUAAGGAAAAGGUCAAGAUCGAAUCCUUUUCCACAAAAGCCUCGCGGAAAUCCUACACGGACUUGGAGGUAAUGGAUCUGAAUGAAUUCUUGCGAGAUGCCGCCGAACAUAAUCGAGGUGGUAGGAGAAUAGCAACAGAACACUCCCAUCUCAUGUGGAAUGAUAUUGAUGUAUCAGAAAAUAAAGAUCAUAUGAGGCAGAUUGAUUCCACUCUUGGAGACAUCGUUCGAGUCCAUGGAAUGAAACGUUCUCAUCGUCCCAGGAUCGGAACUAUGGAGAAUGGAAAGCACAACAGACCAUCCUUGAAUCGACUGAGAAGUAAGAGUGAACCGUAUCCGGAUGCAAUAGAAGCAGCUUGUCUGCCCAAGGUGGAUAGCAAGAAGCUAAGUGACCCUGUUCGUACUGUCGUCGAUAGUUUCCUACAGAUGGUACGUAGUAACAACCAUCGUGUAAAUGACGAAAAGAAAAAUGACUUGAAUUCAACCACGUCUGGCACUCCGAAAAGACCACUCACCAGUCCUACGACCUCAGCGAAGAGGAGCUUGUUUGGUGAUCCUCCUCCCUAUGCUAAUAGAAUAAUGCGCAGAUCUAAGUCAGAUGAAGAGCCACUAGUCGUUCCUCAACUAGUAACGACUGAAUCUGCUCCUAGACGGUCAGAUAGUACCAAAUCCACAGGUUCUGGUAACAGCUUUAGUUCAGGGACACCGUCGAUCCAUGGCCAACCUGGACCCCAGAAGCCUCCCAGAGCUGCCACAGCUUCAACCUUGCAUUCGCCCUGCGGAAUCGCUAUCACAACCAAUGAUGAAUUAAUGAUAGCAGAGCGCAAAAGUGGUAUAAUUAAACUCACCCAUCCCCGAACUCUCCGGAUGAAGAGGAAUAUCAGACCAUUCAGAGGUCACAUCGACGAAGCCAAAAUACACGCUCUCUUUGACCUCACGGUACUUCCUAAUGGAGAUAUCGCCGUCACAGAUUCAAGUCUUAAAAAGAUAAUCUUCCUCCAAAAAUUCAACAAUUAUGGUGCACCUCAACAGAUAUGGAUGCCACAUGACAUGGUUCCUCGCGGCAUCACCAGCGACGGAGCUUGCAUGUAUGUAUGUGAUGCUGGCAACGCAUGUAUUCAAGUGUAUACCCACACAGGGAAACACUGUAGCAGUAUUGACCUGGACAAUCUCACAACAGAUCGGUCACCUGCUAUCUCCGAGGUGUGUCCGCAGUCCAUCACGGUUAGUCCCAACGGUCACAUUCUUGUUAGUGAUAUCAUCAACCGAUGCCUUUACAUAGUUCUGCGCACUGGUGAGAUCAGCAGACUGCCCAUGAAGUUCAUUACUAGGAACGGUGUCUUCUGUUCGACAGCACACUAUGACGCCGUUCCCCGUGGCGUCUGCUGGCUCGACGACCAUCAUGCCCUCAUCGUAGAAGACAACAGCCAGGAAGUACUCCUCGUCAAUAUCCUGGACAUGGAAUUGGUUCACGUGAUCCGACGGAGAGAGUUUAUCUCUCUGCAGGGCAUGGUGCUUGAUUCAUCUGGUCAAGUCCUCAUCACAGACAUUGAAAACGACCGAAUCCAUGUAAUUACUAAGCCAGACUUGCAUUCACAUACCCGUGGAGGACACUACACCCAACCCAUGCGACGCUCAAAGAGUCUGACCAGAGAAGUUUCAAUCCACGAUCAAGGUACAUUAGUAUGAGAUAACAUUCAUGUUAGUAUAGAAGUUAAUCCCAUACGUUUCAACUCGAUUCACAUCAACUCAGUUAAUUUGCAAAACAAUUAUACUAUUUUAGUUUGUACGAUGGGACCAGGGUCACGUUGCACUACAUUUACUAUUUUACACAAAAUUACUGCUAUUGCUAAGAUUCAUCCGACGGAAGUGGCGUAUCUUGGGUGUGCAAGGGGGACACGUGUCCCGGGCGCCACUUUUAGUGGACACAAAAAAAGGGAAAGGGGGCGCAAAUAAAGAAGAAAUAAUGAAGAGGAAAGGCAAAGGAAUAAAGGCGCUGAAAGGGAAUACAACUGAAGGUGAUUAAAAACCCCCGUUAUUAAUAUUGGCAUGGACCAUGGUAAUGCUAUUGCCAUGGUAAUGCAGUUUCCAACAUAUUCAGAAAUUAAUCCUGUUUGUCUUUGGCAAGGGAUGAAUAUUCUUUCCAACUUUUGAUGGUUGCUCAGUGGUACAGCUCCCGCCUCAUGAACGGGGGAUCGUGUGUUCGAUCCUCGACCGAGUCCUCCCAAAGACUUAAAAAAAUGGAACCUUCUGCCUUCUUGCUAUAGGCGCUCAGCAUCUAGAUUGGAGAAAGGUAAUAAUAACAUAUUAUGUUAUGCAGGGCCCGCUCUAGAGCAGUUUUCUAACUGAAGUGGCUACCCCGGGUAAAUAAAACGUUAUUAUUUUACUUUUUUUAUUCAAGAGUUCCAACAAACAGUCCUAAAAUAUUUCUUUAUCAUAACUUUUCAUCUUUAGCUGCGGGUUUGCAUUUUAAUCCGUUACGCUUCAUUAAUUCUUACAAACAGUUCGGAAAUACGUAUUUGUUCUGGUUUAAUUGUCAAAACUUUUCAUCACGCGCAGAUUUAUAAGUAUAUUACAUAUCCUCUUCAUUAAUUUUCGCAAACAAUAAAUGUCCCUUCGCCCUCGCAUUACGCCGACGAGAUACGUAUCCUUUGCAUGAAUUCCUACAAUAGUCCCUAAAAUUUUGCCCUUUCAUGUAAGUAUAUAAAAAAGUCAGCUCACUGAUCGUGCUUGCAAUAAUUGCUUGGUUAGAAACACAUCUUAGGAUUACUUCUCCUUUAAAUGUCCCGAUUUCAGGUCUGAAUAUCAAUAAUUUUCAGCUAGCUUCGCGCUCGAAUUAAUUGGUUAGAUAUUAAUGAUUACAAAAAGUGCUUAGAAUAUCCAGUCUUAAGAUCUUAUCUUGAAAAAAUCUAGGCUCGCGCUUCACCUUUGUAUUGGGUCAAUUUAUUGAAUAAAAUACGUGUACCUAUCAUCUCUAUGAAUUCCUAAAAGGGUCUUUUAAAGUGUUUUAUUUUCCGGUCUGAAUAUCUCACAUUUUUAGCUCGCGCUUCACACUCGCUUUUAUUGUUGAGUGAGCUACGCAUCAUAUUUAUGAUAUGAUUAUAUUGAAUACACUUUGGCUUUGAAAGGGGAGCGAUUUUACCACUUGCCCCGGGCGCCGCUUGUCCUAGAUAUAAGCCACUGCCCGACGGGGCCCUCGAACGUUGUUGUUCUUGAUCUUAUUAUUAUAAUACAUUCACUAUUAAAUUGAAUAUGAUUUAUUUCAUUUACUGCGAUCUUGUGGCUUUUUAUAUGAAUUAAUAUGAAUUUAUAUGAAUUGAGCUAUAUGCCUUGUAAAGGAUUUUCAAAGAAAUUAAACUUCAGCUCAUCAUUGAUGUUCAUAUCGCGGCAAUAUUCGGGUAUUGCUUGUGUGUGUGUGUUGCAGAAACGAAUGAAAUGGAAAACAUUCGCAUCAUUAAUCACAUUUCAUAGCAGCUGUUUAUCUGUCUAUAGUAAAGGUUCAUUGAAGUUAUGUUAAAUAAGAAUACUAGUAUUCGUCCUGCUAAUCCUUCUAGUCAGAUUACCAUUAAUGAAUCGUUAAGCUAAGGUUAACACCUAGAUCUUGUAGUGGGUGGUCAUCUGGAAGAUAAUUCACGAAAUUUCGAAAACAAUUACCAAACAAACUUAAUCAUGUUAUUUUUAUUAUUUGUUAAUUAAAUUGCUCUUUUCAUUAAGCAGCUACUCAAAUAUUGUUCAAUUUGUUUAUUGUUUUUCAAAUUCCAGUAAUUUACCCCUAAUGACUGCUAUUAUAGAUCUCUAUGGCCUUUACAAUGGCAGAAGAAAUAAAUAUUUAAAAUAUAUCUUUUAUCCAUUGAUUUGUAACGAUUUAUUUACUGGGUUUAAACAUGGUAUUAUUGUUCGUUGAUCGUCUUUUUAUUGAGUGACCGUAUAUAUUAAGAUGGUUGAAAUGAUUGGUUUAUAAAUAAUUUUUAAAUCGCAUAUUGUUUGGCUAUGAUAUGAUGACUAUAGCUGCCAUAUAGAUGCAAAGUUAAGCUUUUCUCUUCCAUCUGAAAACAGGUAUUAUACAACUUGUUUAAAAGUUAAAACAACUUGUUUAAGUGACGGGUUUAAACAACAUGCUAUUCUCAAAAUAUGGUUACAUCAAGUUAGCUUAAAAUGGAUGUAACUGUACACUGUUACUUAAUUUUGAUGAAUUUUAAUUUUCAUAAUUCGUUAUAAAAUUAUUGAUGUUAUAGCCGCUAAUCGACAAUCAAGAGUAAGAAUUCAAUUAUGAAAAAGGGAUAUGAUGGAAAUGUACUUUGACUUCAUACGGGUUUCUUAUGGACAUUCGCAAUUUCCAUGAGAUUUUCCGGGUUUUUAUAUAUAAACUUUUUUUAAUGUGAUUUCUUAAGAAAUGUACAUAAUUAUGUUUGUCGGAUAAGUCGUUCUGAUACUCACCACUAUAUUAUACAGAUGGUCAGAGGAGCCGUAAAUUUGUGAAUCACAAAAUACUGUCAAAAUUUGUUAUUCUGUACAUAGGUCGUUUUAAACGACAAGUCCACCCAAACAAAAGUUGAUUUGAACAAAUAGAGAAAAAAUCCAAGAAGCAUAACACUGAAAAUUUCAUCAAAAUCGGACGUAAAAUAGGAAAGUUAUUACAUUUUAAAGUUUGCUAAAUUUCUCAAAACAGUUAUAUGCACAUCCUGGUUGGUAUGCAAAUGAGGGGACUGAUGACGUCACUCACUCACUAUUUCUUUUGUAUUCUAGUAUAUAUUAUCUUAAUUUUCUCCUCAUUGGAAGGUGAAAUAAGUUUUCUUCCUUCUUUAAAAAUGGGAAUUACAAUUGUUCUAACAUUUGGUGGUUCAGUAAAACUGGUCCUUAUUGUCAAAUCUGUAAAAAUUGAAAUAUUGUAUAAUUCACACAAUAAAAAAAGUGAGUGGAGGACAUCACCGACUCUCUCAUUUGCGUGUUGCCGAGUUGUGCAUAUAACUGUUCUGUGAAAAAAAAUAAGCGAAAUUUUAAAAUGUCAUAACUUUCUUAUUUUACAUCCGAUAUUGAUGAAAUUUUAAACUUUAUGCUUGUUUGAUUUUUCUUUUUCUCUAUUGAUUCAGAUCAACAUUUUUCUGGGGUGGACUUGACCUUUAAAUUUCACUUUUGCUCCUUAUUUGUAUAAUGGAUUUCUAUCACUUUAUGCUACGUGCAGUUCAUGUAGACUGUUUGUCAUGUUUGUAAAUCAGCGGGCUUUUAAACAAAAUGGUUUUCACUUUUCCCAGUGAAUUAGAAGUGUAUAGAAACACCGGUAGGCUUCUUUUGAAAUUAGCAAUAUGAUUAUAGACAAUCUUUAUAUUCACUUAUUCUGUUGGAUUUACAGGUAGAUAAUUGCAAAUACAACUCCAGAAGAGAUCCUACAUGUUAUAGGGUUAUUCGCGGUCAAUAUUAGGCAUAAUUUGUUUCUAAUUAACCCCCCCC